UCCCUUGGACACAGCAGAUCACCGAUCAACAGAAAGAGCCGAAGAUGGGACAUGUACACUGAUCAUCAGGGCACUGAUGGUCAGUGUGCCCUGAUGAUCAGUGUAGCCCCAGCAGUGCCACCUCUCAGUGCCCAUCAAUGCCAGCUGUUAGUACUCAUCAAUGCCACCUGCCAGUGCCCAUCAGUGCCACAUCAAUGCCACAUGUCAGUGCCUACCAGUGCACAUCAAUGCCACAUAUCAGUGCCCAUCUGAGCUGCCUUUCAGUGUCACCUAUCAGUGCCAGUUAGUGCCACCUAUCAAUGCCAGUCAGAGCCACCUAUCAGUGCUGCCAAUCAGUGCCACCUAUCAGUGCCAGUCAAUGCCAGUCAGUGCCACCUAUUAGUGUGCAUCAGUGCAGCC